GUCAGUAUGUAAUACCCUUUUAGGGCGACCGAGAUAAGCGCCCAUACUUACACGGUCACCAAACGGUGCGCUGAAGUCGCGCUCACCGUCCCGACGGCGAGCUCGACGUUGGCUCUAUCUUCGAUGCCCCCUCAUAGCGCAGCGCCCUCAGAAACUCCCACCCGAUACACUCGUACAACCACUAAGAGCCUCACCAAGCCACGCGCGGACUCAAAUGCGUCGAACUUGAGCGGCGUGACGACCGUCGUGCCCGGCAGGAGCCUCAGCAGCACGUCGCGAUCCCCCAACGCGACACCGAUGCCGGCCGACGCGAGCAAGAGGAGCAAGACGGAACCCCAUGCUUCGCCGCCGUCUGCGUUCCCGCGCACCGACCAGUCGACGUCCAGCGUGUCGCCGUCCGCGUCGACGAGCCGUAAGGCCAUCGCGACACGCCAGAGCAAUGCACCCGUUCAGGCAGCGCCGUCCGUCGCGCCGUCGCGCCGGAUGACGCGCUCGACGUCUGUCUCGGUGUUCGGCACAGCCGCGUCUGAAACCGCUGGCAAGCCUUCGCCUCCCACGCAGCGCAUGCGGGUCAUGUCCACGCCACGCCUGCUGGCACCAAGACCCACGCCUAAGGCGACGCCUACGAAGCCGACGGGGCCUCCCAAGUCGCCGACGCCGACGAGGGCAAAGACCACGCCGAGCGCGAAGGCGUCGCCGAGCACGCCGGCGAAGAGCGUUGCGUCGUCGAAGCGGCCUGCAAGCGCGGCGAGGGGCGAGACUCCGCUGCGCCCGCUUUCGCUCAUGCCCGGACUUGGCGAAGAGGACGAGUCGUUCUCGAUGUGGGACGGGGACGACAUGACACUCGACAUGGUAACAGAUGUGGACGACCGGGACGUUGACGAGGAGAUGGAGACAGCAUUGCAGGCAGUGCAGACGCUCCAUGCGCGCAAGAUCCUGCACUACAAACGGCUGCUCGAGCGCGCACAGGCAUCGACUGCGGCGCAGCUACACGCGCUGCAGGCCGAGGAGCGUGAGCGCGAGCAGGGUGGCACGGUCGUGUCCGAUCCGGACGUGGACGGGUUCUGUGUCUGUGGCGGCCGGCGGCGAAAGGAGUACUGGAGUGGGUACCGUGGGGGCGAGAACGACGGCGUCGCGGGCGAGAUUGACCUGGCGACGGCGCUGAGAGGCGACGGGAGUGGCGGUUUCAACGAGAUGGAGGUACGCAGAGCUGUCCGGGGCUUAGACAGGGAUGAUAGGAUGCGGCUGAUUGCACUCAUCCUGGACUCCUGCAUGCCUGGGGACAUCCGUUUGCAAAUUCUCUUGCUGGAGAAGUACGCCAAGUCGACCUUCGACAUCAUCGGCAACCUGGCGCCGGAUCUGGUAUUCAAGGUCUUUAAAUGGCUCACUGUGCAGGAGCUCGUCGGCGUCGAGACUGUCUCCAAAAAAUGGCAAGAAAUGGUGCAUUCCCCGGCACUCUGGAGGUAUCACUGCCUACGAAUCACCGCCACAGACCCGAUGCCUGUGCGUCCUCCGGCUAAGCCGGAGGGCUGGGAGCCCCUGUACCGCUCGCUGCACCACCGCGAGUCGAACUUCCGGAACGCUCUUCCGCAGAGUGUGCGCUUCCUCAACGGACACACCAACUAUUGCACGACGUUGCUCCUGCGCGGGAAGCGCUUAAUCAGUGGUUCUUACGAUGAGACGAUUCGCUUCUGGGAUGUUGACACGGGCGAGAUGAAGAAGUGCCUGCAGGUUAAGAAACCUGUCAGCUGUGUCGACUUCUUGGCAGAUGAGGAGGUCUUCGUUGUCGGCUUCCACGAUACGUGUACACCUUUCUCCUCGCUGACGUUCACUCCGUUACAACAACUCUCUGGUCAUCUGAAUGGUAUUCGUGCUGUGGCGCUGUCCUCGAAGAACCUCGUCUCCGCCGGUGCCGACAAGGCGCUCGUAUGCUGGGACUGGCGAGCGGGGACCAAGAUUGUGCGGUUCGGGCAGCAGACGACGGUCAACAUCGGCGUGCAGAUCAUUGGCAGUAGCUCGGGGCAGGAAGGUGAGAGGGUGGUAAGCGUGACAAUUGAUGGAAUUGUUCGGGUGUUCUCUAUCAAGCGCCGAGAGAUGGUCUCCCAGUUCAGGCUGGCGGAGUUGGGCGGCGGCGAUCCCGUUCUGAACGCAAAGCUGUUCAAUGUUGGGAAGGCGCCUGAUAACAUGUUACAAUGGUUCGCGGCGAAAGGCACUCAGAUGACUUGUGCUACGAAGUCCGUCAUCCUGCACCUCCAGUGGACUGAAGAAGAUGAGCCUGCACAACCUGCGACCGCCAAUGGCUCCUCGGCAGAUCCCUCGCGCUCCGCCUCCCCUCUGACACCGAGUGCACUCAGCCCCGGCGCCCGCCCGCCCAUCUCGCCCACUCUCGCGCGUUCUACAUCUUCUCUUGCCACCCCACGCCGCCGACAAACACUCUCCAUUCAGGGUGGAGUGAGGUCGCCGCUCGCUAGCUCUACGACCGGAGCACUCAGCCUCAAGGGCCGACUUUCGCUCAACGUGGCGCCUGGCUCGCCGCAGACGCCCAUGACACCGGUCAGUCCGUCGCCGAGGACAGGUACGCCCAUCUCGGCGGCUCCGGGCCCGGGUUUUGCGGUGCGAUUCGGACGUGCAGCGGUUUUGACUGCGCCACCGAAGCUUGUGGCGGUCGUGGAGACUCCGGAUAUCGCAGUGGGUGCGGUGGACCCGAGGAAAAGGCGCGUUGUGACGGCGACGCGCUUCAGCACGCGCGCAGGGGCAAACAAGACAAUCUACAUGUCGACGCACCGUGACAAAACGCAAGCAGCGAAGACGGCGGAGGAAGACGACGACGAGCCUCAGCAGGAGCGCACACCAUCGCCGUCGUCCGGCGUGGACUUCGACAAGGACCUCCACCCGCUGACGGGUGCCUGGGCGGCGCUCGCAGAGAGCGACAGCCUUCACGCCGCGGGUGUAAAAGGCCUGUUCGGCCAGCUGCCUGCCAAGUUCCAGGGCCUAGCGACCCCAGAGAAGAACCCGAUGAGCAUGCAACUGAGCCACGAGGAGGUUGUCGUUGGAUGUGCGGAUGGAACAAUCUAUGUCAUGAACUUUGUUGGGUAUGAGUAUCGCAAGGAGAAGGAGAGACGCGUAGAAGAUGACGCGGAGGAGACUGGGACGGAGAGCUCGGAGGGCUCGCCACAGGAGUACUGAUCCGGCGUGUCUAUUCCUACUCUGAGUGCGACUCUCACCAUCCUCUGCUCCACUCUGUCUUUCUGACACUGCUUUGAACUGCAGUUGUAUCGCUUUGUCGCAAA